UGGCAAUGUAUCAUCCAUUACACAAACAUUAAAAAUCGAAAUCCGAGAAAUUAGCUUUCCAUGGCUGAUGAUAACACAAAGCAGCCUUUGCUUUCCCCCAGGGGAAGAGACGGCGGAGACGACCACGUGGUCGGUCUCGCCGACGACGAGUUUCUUCUCCGGCCGUCCCUCGCCUCUUUCCGGUCCUCGUUCGUCCCCGACCCCGAUGACAUCGCUCCGAUCACCGGAGUCCGCGAUUUCUUCCGGGAGUUCAGGGUGGAAUCGAGAAAGCUCUGGUACCUCGCCGGCCCCGCCGUCUUCACUUCUCUUUGCCAGUACUCCCUAGGCGCCAUCACCCAGACCUUCGCCGGCCAUCUCACCACCAUCGACCUCGCCGCCGUCACCGUCGAGAACUCUGUCAUCGCCGGCUUCUCAUUCGGCGUCAUGUUGGGAAUGGGGAGUGCGUUAGAGACGCUAUGCGGGCAGGCGUUUGGGGCGGGGCAAAUCGACAUGCUAGGAGUAUACAUGCAGCGGUCGUGGGUGAUUCUGAACGCCACCGCCGUGAUCCUGACGGCGCUGUACGUGCUGGCGGCGCCGUUUCUGCGGCUGAUAGGGCAGACGGAGGAGAUAUCGGCGGCGGCGGGGAGGAUGGCGCUGUACAUGAUCCCGCAGCUGUACGCGUACGCCAUGAAUUUCCCCAUCGCCAAAUUCCUGCAGGCGCAGAGCAAGAUGAUGGUGAUGGCGUGGGUUUCCGGGGCGGCCAUCGCGAUGCACGCGCUCCUCAGCUGGCUCUUCAUGCUCCGCCUCCGCUGGGGCCUCCCCGCCGCCGCCGCCGUGCUCAACUUCUCCUGGUGGUUCAUCGUGGUGGCUCAGCUCAUUUACAUUUUCAGCGGCGCCUGCGGCCGCGCCUGGUCCGGCUUCUCUCCCAAAGCCUUUCAGAACCUUUGGGGUUUUGUCAGAUUGUCACUUGCCUCUGCAGUGAUGCUCUGCUUAGAGACGUGGUAUUUUAUGGCAUUAGUCCUCUUUGCUGGCUAUCUAAAGAAUGCUGAGGUUGCGGUGGAUGCCUUGUCCAUUUGCACAAAUAUACUUGGUUGGGCAGUCAUGGUAGCCAUUGGAUUGAAUGCAGCGAUAAGUGUUAGAGUGUCGAACGAGCUAGGCGCAGGCCAUCCAAGAACGGCGAAAUUCUCAGUGGUGGUGGUUGUAAUGUCGUCGUUCUUGCUCGGCGUCCUCAUCUCCGCCGUCCUGUUAAUCUUCCGGCGGCAGUACCCGGUGCUGUUCGCCGACGAUGAGGUCGUCAAGGCUCUCGUCUACAAGCUAACGCCGUUGCUCGCCACCUGCAUCGUCGUUAGCAACAUCCAGCCCACUCUCUCCGGGGUCGCCAUUGGAGGAGGAUGGCAAGCUUUAGUUGCCUACGUCAAUAUUGCAUGCUAUUAUUUGUUUGGAAUUCCGGCAGGUUUAAUAUUGGGCUAUGCUCUCAACAUGGGUCUUGAAGGCAUAUGGUAUGGAAUGCUGGGGGGAACUGUGGUACAAACAUUAGUCCUCUUCUGGAUAGUCUACAAAACCAACUGGAAUAAAGAGGCUUCCAUUGCAGCAGACAGGAUAAAGCAGUGGGCAGGAGAGCCAGAGACAAAAGAGAUCGAUUGAUUGAACUACACAGCCCAGACAUGAUACAUUGAACACUAAAAUUGAACACUGAGGAUUAUGAUGACGCCAGAGGUCAUGUGAGAAGGGAAAACAAGCGGUGCACCGUACCGGAGAUCAGCGCAUAACCGUCGCCGUUUCCGUUCAAUGCUACGUGUCCGUCUGGAUUAUUUCCUGAUUAGAUUAUUUAGAUAUAGGUUUAUAUUUACAAUAUUCAUUUGGACUUGUUUGUUUUAUAGAUAACCAUUGCGGAAUUA